AGGAAUCCACCAAGUUUAUCAGGAAGAUGUCCGCAUACUUCGAGGUGUCUAGUGUCUCUAAUAUUCUUUCUUGCUCGGAAGAGGAGAAAAGGACGGAGAAAGCGAGUAAGCUUAAUCAGGCAGCUGUGUCCUCUACUGUCGGCUGUAAACAGAAGAGGAUAUUUGCUCCGAGGAGUCGCACAACCUGAAGAGCUGCUGUGGGAUUUCCAACUCCUUUUGGUGAUUGAUAGAUGGAAUAAGAAAUCCCAUUUGGAAGAAGGAUUGAAAAGAAAAGGAAAGAAGAAAUGAGGGGAAAGGGAGAAGUUUAUCGUGCCUGCUUGCUGUUUCUGGCUGUUCUUCAAAUCGGCUCACCUUCCUCAGGUCAAGACAGCACCAAUACCACAAAGCCUGAGGAUCUCGGUGACGGUGGGCGCCCCAGUGAUGUCACAGUGGCUGUGGGCGAGCCUGCAGUGUUCAGCUGUAGAGUGCCCACAGCCUCUCAGAAUGUCACAUUCACUUUCUAUGGGAGCCAUGGGAACUACAGCCUCACCUGCCCUCAUGGCCACUUUGAAGAUGUUCCCCAGGCUCUCUAUGGAAGCUGUGAUGAGAGGAACGGAGAGACUGUGGCUGUGUGGACCCUAAAGGGAACCUCUUUCUCAGACAAUGGCACAAGAGUGGUGUGUCAGCAGAGAAACAAACUUGACGAGCCCUCUGCAGUCCUACAUGUUUAUGACAGCGAGGCCAGCUAUUACACCCUUGUUGGCUGUGUAAUUGGUGGUUUCUUUGGGAUCCUGUUGGUGUUUGGUCUGCUGUUCAUCACGCUGCAAAGAUCUAAAACCCUCCAGCGUGCCUUGUGUCUGGAUGGAGACGGAGAAGAUGACAUGGACACCAUCAUCACAAAAGAAUAAAACUAUUGGUUGAUUACCAAUUUACUUAAUGAAAACAUGUUAAUUAACUUUGAUAUAUAAUAUUUGAUUUUUUUUCGUUGAUUUUUUUUCUAUGAUAAUUAUCAAUCAUAAUUCAAGUUUGAAUCAAUGCAGAUUACAUGACUCUCACAAGAAACAGAAAGCAGUGGUUUGCGCAAAUAAGGAGUGGUCUGCGGUCAGAGAGUUCCAAGUUUGAAAAGUCAGGGCGGAAUUCAAGAGAGAAUUUUUUUCAUCUCAAAAAUAUCGAAGCAGUUUGGAAUAGAGCUUCACUGUGGAUUUUCAUACAACAUCCCCUUUCCUUCACUGUGAUUGAGUGGGUCUACUCCAUCCCUUUGCCUUAAACCACUGUGACAUGUUUGGUAGUUUUGGGGAGUUUAGAUGGCAAACAUUUUUCACCUGCCUUUUAAGAUCCUGGCUAGCUUUUAGCUUAGCUUCCUUCACACUGACACCACUCUUACUGAACCAACUGACUUUUACAAGUACAUCAUAUCAGUCCAAUUUAAAAAGACUAAACACAUCUCACUUUAAUAUUUCUAAACUGCACAGUCACUAUUUGUCCACUUGGAGGUGACACUUUCACAUCAAGAGAAUGACUGUUAGGUCAAACAUUAGGAUGGCCUCCUGAGUUUGACAUGAUUACAUGAAGGCAAAAAUACCAAAUAAAUUUGUGUCAAGCUAUUAGUGUUCCCUCACUCAGAAGUUUAUGUUUAUUCGGCAUUGUUGUUUGUGCAUUUAUUGCUUAUUAAAGUUAUUUUUACACAUCCUAGAAGUAAAAUUAUGUAAUUUAUUAGUUCUGCUGCCAGCUGAUCCUGGAUAUGCUGCCUAUUCUUGAGCGUUUGAACCUCUCUGUAGAAUACUAAAUAAAUGAAUGAUUGAACAUAUGUUCUAAUUAUUUGUAUGCAUUUUUUAUCCAAGCAAGGUGCAUUACUGCUUAUGCUUUUUGAGUAGUGACAAAUAUGUAUGUAUCAAUAGAGUCUAAUACAUUACAAUUUUCUUUACUUCAGCUUGAAUGAUGAACAUAAAUGAGCACAGUUUGAUGGCAACCCUCUUUCUUUGCUUCCCCCUGGUGGUGACCUCAUGCGUGUGUGUUUGGGGAGAUUUCGAUAGACAUCAAGCGUCUUAUCCUUCUGCCUUUACUUACACUACGCAAGACAAGACAGGUUAGACUGAGGUUUUCACUCCAGCCUACUGCUGUAACUUUGUCUAGACCCCCCCACCCCCCCCCCCCCCCAGUCCUUUAAGAGGCUAUUACGGGUGAACAUGUGG